GCGACUGCCUCAGCUCGAAUGCGGUGUUGAAAAUCCCAAAUUCCCGACUCCCCAAAACAAAGCAAAGAAUUUGUGAUUUGUGAAGGCAGGCAUUGGCAUUUGGCACCCAGUCCUCAAUCCUCAUCCGCUCUCCCACACAAGAGAGAGAAAGUAAGCAACAAUGUCUGCUCCGGCGAAUCUCGAGGACAUGCCAUCGGUGGAUCUCAUGACGGAGCUCCUCCGCCGUCUAAAAUGCCAAACCAAGCCUGACAAACGUCUCAUUUUAGUUGGUCCACCAGGUUCUGGAAAAGGUACUCAAUCACCAAUUGUGAAGGAUGAGUAUUGUUUAUGCCAUCUGGCUACUGGGGAUAUGUUGAGAGCUGCUGUCACUGCAAAGACUCCCCUUGGAAUCAAGGCGAAAGAGGCCAUGGAAAAGGGAGAACUUGUUACUGAUGAUUUGGUUAUUGGGAUAAUAGAUGAUGCACUAAAGAAGCCUUCCUGUCAGAAAGGUUUUAUUCUUGAUGGAUUCCCAAGGACAGUUGUCCAAGCAAAAAAGCUCGAUGAGAUGCUUGCCAAACGUGGAGUUAAGGUUGACAAGGUUUUGAACUUUGCAAUUGAUGAUGCUAUCUUGGAGGAGAGAAUUACUGGUCGCUGGAUCCACCCUUCCAGUGGCCGUUCCUACCACACCAAAUUUGCACCUCCCAAAGUUCCUGGUGUAGAUGAUGUAACUGGAGAGCCAUUGAUUCAACGUAAGGACGAUACUGCAGCUGUUCUAAAGUCAAGGCUUGAAGCUUUCCACAAGCAAACUAAACCAAUGGUUGGACAAACAAACAGCCACAAAGAUAUCUUCAGGGACAUGCCUCAUGUUACAUUGCUUUUCAUUUUUUCCAACAGAACGCCUAAUGGAUUCUCAUUCUACACAAAUUUCUACAAAAAUUUGUGUAGAAUGAGAAUCCAUUAGGCGUUCUGUUGGAAAAAAUUGGUCAUAUCAUCUCUACCAAGAUGCCUACUAACAUUCUUUACGAUCCUUCAGUACACUCAUUUUAUAGUAAUCCCAGUUAUAUCAGAAGCAUCUCACUUUUAAUUGCAAAGAAUGUGUGGAUUAUUGUGAUACUUAAAUUUUGACAAACUUAUUUUAGGAAAAGGAUAUUGUUUGUUGAGAUCUAGGAUACCCGUUAUGUUAUUUAGAAUAUAUUGUAAAACUUUCUUGAUGUAAUACAGAUGGUUGGACAAACAAACAGCCACAAAGAUAUCUUCAGGGACAUGCCUCAUGUUACAUUGCUUUUCAUUUUUUCCAACAGAACGCCUAAUGGAUUCUCAUUCUACACAAAUUUC